CGAGUGGUUUCGCUACCAAAAGGAGCCACUGACCCCCGGGGGGGACGCUACAUUUGUCACCGAAAUCGUUUCGCUGAUGGUUUUCCACGCUGGAAGAGCACCUGGCGGCCGUUUCGGGGUCGAUUUGCUUGCCUCAGUCAGUCGUUGUGCGUGAACCGGGUGUGUGUUCUGUUUCCGCCAUCACGAUGACGACCAACCGAAUGCACAAAGUGUUCCUGUACAGCUUGGCCAUCUCGCUGAUAGCCAUCUUUAUCACGCUGGCCAGCAAAGUAUUCCCCAUCGCGAACCUGCCGAUGAGUACGAACAUUAUCAUCGUUGGCACUUGUUUGGCAAACUUUGCCUCCGUCAUCGCACUGAUCGUGGGCAUCGUAACGCGGCGACCGCGCUUAGUGAAGAUCGUUAAAAUCUUCAGCUAUCUUCAGCUGGGUGCUAUUUUCGUGCUGAUCUGCCUCGCCGCCGGCCUGCUCUAUCUGGUGAAGGUGGACGUGGAACAUGGCGAUGUGCCGGUGACACUACCCCAAAAGUCGUGACCGCCGGCCGGUGGACAGUGAAAUAUGUUCGAGGGACUCGAGCGAGGAGGAAAUAAAUAACGUUUUAAUAAAUAGUCUGACACGGGCGCUGGCGAUGGAGUCGGACGCGUUUCUCUGUAGCGCGUAGUAGAAAGCGAAAGAAAGAAAGAAG